CGGAAUGAAUCUGCUGCCUGCAGUUGGAGGCUAUGAUGCAUUCCAGGGACCGUCAGCAGGCAGACUUGCACAGCUGGAAGAAGAACGCCAUCAAGAGGAAGACCGGCACGGGCCUCGGGCAGUCGAAGAAGAUGAGAGGCUGAUGGAAGCCUCUCCAGACUCUUACGACUCAGCCAGGGAGUCCCCACCCGAAGAGGCCACUGCAAGGCCCAAGGGGCGGCUCCCGAUGCGGCCCUCGUCUGCAAGUCUAAGACCUGUGGACAGUGAGGUGCGAAGCGAGGCGGCCGCCCCUCCCCCUGAUCUGGACGAGGAGAGGGGGCUUGAAGGCCUGCACAUGCCGUCAGCACCGCCGUCAUGGGGGCGUGAGGGUCAGGAGGAUCAUCGAGCGCUGGUCAGGUAGGUAGCAGAGAGGUGAUCUCACCGUAAUGGACUGGACAGGGGCUGUGUGUGUGCCUCGGCAGGAGAUGGCUCUCCAACUUGCAAGCACUGAGGAGUCGCCUGCUGCUGCGGCUUCAGAGGUCAGCCCCGUAAAAGCCGCCUUUCGACUCGUGGAGGUCGUUCGUUGCCCCUGUGUGGUUCUUUCCUCUGUAUGUAGAGUGGAGAUCCCGGCGGAAUUGGAUGUCGAGAGCUUCGAUGAGACGAGGCAGCAGCUGGACGAGGAGAGGCAGCGCCUCGCCAAAACUGUCGACUCCAUCGAGCGGCAAAACAAGAGGCUCUUCUCCGCCAUGGUUCGUUUGGCUGUGUGUGUGUCGCCUACACUCGUCCUCUAUGUUGUUGUCGACGUCAGAUGGCGUCCCGUGAUGACCUGGAGAGGACCGCGCUUGAAGAAGAGCGGCGGUCGAAGAGGCUGGUAGAUCAGCUCAUGCAGGUGCAGGCCUCCAAGGCACAACUUGCUAAACAGCUGAGGAGCCUGCAGGAGGCAAAACCUGACAAACAGGUAAGUGGCCACCAGCGAAUUGCAGGCACAAGGAGACAGCUCCUCAUUGGACCUGCAUUUCAGCUUCAGCGUGAGUUGGAGCUUGUGCGUGAGGCGAGCGAGCGGUUCGAGAGAGAGCGGCAGAAAUGGCAGGCCAUGAAGGAGGGUGACGGCGGCGGUCGUCUGCAUACCCUCGAGAAGCGCCUCGUAGAGCUGCAGAACGAGAAUGCAACACUCAAGGUCAAGUGCGAUAGCCUGCAAUUUCUCGAGACACAACAGGACCGGCAAGUGAGAGGAGAAACACACAUCCCCACAAACACUCACGGGGACAGAGCGGACCACAAUACACGUUGUUGCUGUGUCCGUUUGCGCAGGCCCGACGCGAGACAGAGCGGCUGAAGGGUGAGCUCCGUGAUGGAGAGAGGCAGCUCGAUGCCGAGCAGCAGAAGCGGGAGCACCUACAAAAGCUAUACAACGAGACACUGGAAGACCUCCACCGUACGCAAGAAGGCCGGUCGCUCGAGAAGCACAGCCUGCAGGAGCUGAGAGACUCGGAGCGCGCCCGACUCGUAAGCCAUAUCCACACAUGCAUUCACAGAGUGACUGAUGGAUGGAUGCUGUGUUUCCAUGAAUGGCAGAUGGACACGGUGAAGAGGCAAGAGAUGGAUAUCGAGGAGCAGAAGAGAAGGAACGCCGAGCUGGAGAGGCGGCUGUCGCGGAUCGACGAGGACACAGCUCUGCAGCAGGAGUCCUCCCAGUUGGCCAUUCAGCGACUCAACGCAAACUCGAGGAAACCCGGGCCCUCCGCGAGGCAGACAGGCGGCAGUUCGACGACACAGUGGCGAGGCUGAGGGAAGAUCUCUCAGAGAGGAAGGACACGGUGUUGAACCUCUCAAGCCUGAGAAUCACUCUCGAGGCGGACAAUGAGGAGCUGCGACGACGGCUGGGCCAGGCGUACGCGCAGGUCGACA